UGCCAGGGGGCGGAGGCUUCUUCGGGCAGCUGUUGACGGCUUUCCUGGCGGCUCUGCUCGGUUGUCUCGGCUGGGCCUUCGAGGCCCCAAGCGGGCGAGGCGAUGCAGCCGCCGGGCUCCCAGCAGCCGCCGCCGCCGCCGCCGCCUCCUCCGCCGCUCUAUGCUCCUAAUAACGGGGACUUUACCUUCGUCUCCUCGGCCGACGCGGAAGAUCUUAGUGGUUCAAUAGCCUCUCAUGAUGUGAAGCUCAAUCUUGGAGGAGGUAAUGGAGAAUUUAUUAAAGAAUCUACUGCAACUACAUUCCUCAGACAAAGAGGAUAUGGCUGGCUUUUGGAAGUAGAAGAUGAUGACCCUGAAGAUAAUAAGCCACUCUUGGAGGAGCUAGACAUUGAUCUGAAGGAUAUAUACUACAAAAUUCGGUGUGUCUUGAUGCCAAUGCCUUCGCUUGGAUUUAACAGACAAGUAGUAAGAGAUAAUCCUGACUUCUGGGGUCCACUGGCGGUUGUCCUAUUCUUCUCAAUGAUCUCAUUAUAUGGACAAUUCAAGGUUGUAUCCUGGAUUAUAACUAUUUGGAUAUUUGGAUCCUUGACAAUCUUCCUGUUGGCCAGAGUUCUUGGAGGAGAGGUAGCAUAUGGCCAGGUUCUUGGAGUGAUUGGAUAUUCCUUACUUCCUCUUAUUGUAAUAGCACCUGUUCUCUUGGUGGUUGGAUCAUUUGAAGUUGUUUCUACUUUAAUAAAACUUUUUGGAGUCUUUUGGGCUGCAUACAGUGCUGCUUCGUUAUUAGUUGGAGAAGAAUUUAAGACCAAGAAGCCCCUCCUGAUCUAUCCUAUCUUCUUAUUGUACAUUUAUUUUUUGUCCUUAUAUACUGGGGUGUGACCUGCAGUAUUGGACUGUGACAGAAACAAUGUUUUGCUUACCGUGAAGACUGAUGAAAUGUCAGGUUACACAGCCCAAAUGAAAGGAGAAGUGACUGCAUCAUCCUUGGUUGUCAAGGUUUCAAGAAGUGGUAAUCUCAAAUAUAUCUCUGUACAUUAUUUAAACAAGUUUAGUUAUGUUAGAGAUUUAUAACAGUUUUAGGUUUUAAGACUUGUUAGAGUUUAUUGAACAAGAUAGUAACAACGCGUGUUUAUAAGAUGAAGUAGCAGAAUUACAGCUUGUUACCUGUGCCAAAAGCACCAGGGCCAGAUGAUAGGUAUUUUAAACAAAGAAAAAUUCUGAUUAUUGAUAAAAAGUUUGACAGUUCAAUUUUUGCUUUCUGCACAGCAGAUUCUGUAGACAGAAUCAGUCUGUAGACAGAAUUACACUUUAGUCUGAAUAAUCGAGACAUGACUCUUAACAUAGUACGUCAUAUACUUUUGAUUUGGCUAUUGCGAUACAAUUUGACUUUAAGAAUACAUUUUUACAUUCAUCAUCUAUACGUACCUUUAGGAUCUUGUUAAAAGGUUUUAUAGAUUGCAUAACAACUUGAAGAUUCCAGUGUUGGAAUUCAUCCUUGCAUUUAAUCAGUAGUGUAUGUGUGCAGUAGGACUACAAUUUGUACAGUGUUGAUUUUUAAAAUCUCAGCAAGGUUUUCUCUUUUAAACUGCAUCUUUGUACUGGUAAUGAGGUGGGGAGAGAAGCUAAAUGAUUUUUUUGAUUCCGAACAGUGUCUUAAAGUGGAAUAAACAGUGCUUCUCUCAA